AUGCGAGUGAACCAGAAUCUGAAGAUGAGUUUUAGCUUUCGUGCCUGCCGAGAUCGCACCAGCCUUCUCCUCCGCAAGUACACAGUACGCAAGAAACGCAACGAAGGCGCUAGUGGUCGCAGCGAAGUGCACACCGAUGAUGACGGCGUCCUCGAGCAGCUUCAGAAACUGAAGGACGCAGCAUCGACUAGCACAGAGCUCAACAAAAUCGACGCAGAGUCGAAGACGCAGAUCCUCGAGACGGCUGGCCAGAAAUUGAUGCAGGCUGCUGAGGAGAGCGAAUAG